CAGAGUAUGUAGACAUGUACAUAUGUGUGUGUACCCGGAAACGUGACUCAAAAGACUUUUCCUGUUUCUAGGCGCAUGUGCAGCAGGUGUGAUUUCACACAGGACAAGUAAUUAUCAGUGAUACCAGUUUAGUUCCACAGUGUCUGUCUGUCUGUCUGUCUGUCAUUGUAAAAAAAAAAAAAAAAAAAAAGAUUUUGUUUUGUUUUCAACUCCAUUACAUGGUUGAUUAGUUGAUGCUUUGUUGUUAUGUAUGGGUUGUGACUUGGUGUAACUGUUUACUAUUGAUUCCUGGAGUGUAUUAUAUUUAGUACUGUGGUCAGCAGGUAGAAAUAGACCUGACACACCAGGAUAUUGACAGUGGUACUAACGUUGUGAUUGACUCUACAAACAUGUGAAAAAAUCACUGCCUCUUGAACAAACAUCUCACUGAAUUUAAUUAGGUGAACAAGGAACUACUAGAGUUCUCAAGCCUAAUUACUGUCAGCUUCGCGGUUACUGCUGUUGGCUCUAGUCGAUUAAACUGGAUACCUUUAUCCCAUUGAAGAAGGUGCUCAAAGCUGGACCGAGCAUGACGACUGGAAUACUCUUUGUUUUCAAACUCUGGAAGGGAAGACGCAAGGACAAAGACUGCCCCACACCUCCAGCUGAAGAAAAGCAAUAUUUAUGUGAAGAUUACAUUAAAGAGCGGAUAACUGAUGCAGACUUCUUUAAACUCGUUUCUCUACCUCCCCAACUUGAUUACAAUGAAUGGUUGGCAACUCACACGAUGUCGUUUUUCAACCAUGUAAACUUGAUGUAUGGUGUCAUCUCUGAAUACUGUACUUCAGAAAACUGUCCCUCCAUGGGUGCUCCAGGCAGUGUGCAAUAUUUAUGGUAUGAUGAUAAAGGCAAAAAGUACAAGUACUCAGCCCCACAGUAUAUCGACUAUGUGAUGACAUCUAUACAAAAAACAAUUACAGAUGAAACGGUCUUCCCAACCAAGUUUGAUCAUUCCUUCCCGAGUGGUUUUGACAAUUUUGUGAAGAAGAUCCACAGAUACCUGUUACACGUGUUCGCUCAUAUAUACCACGCCCACUACAGAGACAUGACGAUGCUGGGCCUGCACGGCCACUUGAACAGUGUGUUCACUCACUUCAUGGUGCUCAACAUGCGCUUCGACCUACUGGAGGACAAGGACACCGAGGUGCUGCAGGAUCUCGUCACGGCCCUCAUCAAGAGUCUGCCCGACCCCAACCAGAACGACCAGCCCACGCCCGACCUUGGUGGGGACAUAGAGGUGAUUCCAUCGCCACUCGAGAUAACGUCGACAUAGCCAGCUCUACCAAAGUCUUUCAUAACCAAGCUUGCAUUUGUUUCUUUUUGCAAUUAUGUGUUCAUUGUCGUGGGCAAUAUCGGUUUUAAAUGAGUUGCCUUCGACCACGGUUUCCAACAUUUUUGCCUCAUUUGAGGGUAAUGUGACCUCUUGAUCUGAUUGACAUGACAUUUUGCCUUUUGACAGUUUAAAGUUUGUGAUGUUCUGUUUGGAACAUGUUUGUUUGGGUUGAGUUAUAGUUUGAUGUCUUACCUGAGCAGUUACCAGUUGCUUGGUAGGCACACGAGUUCAGCAUUACAGUAUACAGCGUGCGUUUGAAUGAUUGGAGUUUAUCCAUCAAUAUACGGAUUAGACUUAACUUAAGUGUAGUUAACACUGGAAUUUGAAAAUUAAUAGAAUAUUAUUUAUGUUAUUUUAAUUUUUUUGAACUUUUAAUUUUAUCCAUAUAAAAAGAUUAAUGUUUGUGAAUGCAGAAUAUUCAACCAAGAUCUGCAUUUGGUGUUUUGAUGAUUAAUGUGUUUGGACAAACUUUGAAUUCAAAUUAAAUUAGAUGGCGUGUUCCCUUUAGUAUCAUGAGACCCAAUAGAUAGUAUAUAGGAUGAAUAGAAGAUCUGACAUACACAGCUAAGUGUAUUUAGAACCAAGCUUUUAUAAUGCACAAUAUAGUGUAGUUGAAAGCAUUUGAAAGACACAUUUUAAUAUAUUUAAAAUUAAAUGUUUCAAAUGCACGUGUAAGGAAAGCCUGACACAACCUGAAUUACCAUCUCUGGUCUUCAUAAAGAUCUAGAUGUGGAAGAAUGGAAUACUCGAAAGAGAAUACUUCACCUGAAUGAACGAAUUACUGUGACAUUUCUUCACGAAUGACAAUGCCUAAUUUACUGGAAAAACAAAACGUACAAAAAAUCACAGUUAAUUUUGAUGAGAGAGAAUACAAGAACAGGACAUAAAUUUAUUACUUGUUUAUGUGGAAGAGAGUAUCUGGUUUCUUGGAAGAAUGUAUUAACUACUAGAAGAAUGUGACACAGUAGUUUUUAGGGAUGUGCUUAUUCUGCAUGAAAAACUAAGAUGGUGGACAGGACAUAAAAAGAAAGAAGACUGUGGUCUGCAUAGAAGAGAACACAAACUCCAUGUCUGUAUACAACAAAAGAACUGAUGUGUUUUGUCGGCCAAGAGGCUGAACAAAGAUCUACAGACCGGUACAGAAUAAAGACAGACUGGAGAUUUCAGGAAACUGAGAAUACAAGUCAUUAACUGAUCCAUGUGCAUGGUAGGAGGUUCAUGACUUUUGACAUGCAGAUUUAAGACAGUGGCUUCAUAUUGGAGGAAACAAAUGUCUGCGUUGAAGGCAUUUAAGUGGUGCUUUGUACUUCCAAAACAAUGUCUGCUGUUUGAGGUUUAUUACAAAAGGCAUACUUUGACUAUUUUGUUCUUGAGUGUCUAAACUUUAGUUGUGCUGGAUACCUGUGGAAAGAGAGGAUAUAUAUUGGUGCUAGUUAGACUUGAUGUUGUCAAUAAAUGUGGCAGUGAGCUUGUUUCUUAACUGGGAGAAAUAAGUACUUAUUGUAAUAUUGAUAAAGAAAAAUUACUGAGGAAAAAUAAUGUUUCGUAUCUUUCGAUGUCAGUAAGGUGAAAUUUUAUUAUUGGUGAUUUUGGUUUUGUUUUAACAUCUAUGCCCUGAGGAAGCGAUACAUGACAAAACUACUGACUGAUCAUGCAGUGGACACUGUCUGACAUGAUAUUUUAAAUGUGUGCUGUUUUGAAUAACUGGUGUAUUGAGACAUCCGAUUAACGAUCUGUGAUAACUUAAUUCAGGAAAGCAAGUUCUUGCACAAAUUGUCAUAGACCAGAGUUAAAGGUUGGCUUAUCAUUAGUUUUUAGUUUUAAUUAAAUGACCUGCAAUCUCAAGUGUAGAAUAGAUGACCCACCCCACUAUUGUUGUCCUGCCUUUACAAAGUAAAAAGGGGAUGAUGCACAGCUAUUACUUUUCCGACAGUGGUGGUGACGACGUCAGUGUUUGCUUUAAAGUUUCAUACUAAACUUUCACAUUGAAGUUUUGCAUUUAGAUUAUGUCUUAGGUCAAUAAAACUUGGUUUAUAGUUACACCGAUGGAUUUUUAUCACAGUGCACCAAUUUGUUUUUAUGGUAGGCGAGACGUUUACUUCGGUUGAAUUAUUGUUUUCCUAGAUCACGCACAAGUGUAUUAAUUGCUAUUUGAACACUCAAAAGCAGGUGUUAAAGAACUGUAGUUGUAUCGUGCCUUGCCUAAUUAGUAAGCGAUAUAAGAUGGUGAGGUGACAUUGCAGCUUUAAGUAGGCUUGUCAAGCGCUUUCAAAACUAGUCUGAUUUUUGUUUCAGUGUUUUGCACUAUUAUCUUGGUGUUACAAAUUUAUUCAACAUACCUGGCCGAAUUUACAGAGCUUGUUCAUGUCUUACACGUGUGUGUAACUACAUACAUUUACAAUGCUUAAACACCUGUUCAUGUCUUACACGCGUGUGUAACUACAUACAUUUACAAUGCUUAAACACCUGUUCAUGUCUUACACGCGUGUG